GCUUUCUAGUUUUAGUUAUAGUUUAAAACCCAUCUAAAUCAUUGGUUGCACUUAGAUUAAGUGAGUACUUGCAUUCUCAGUGCUUUGAUAUUCCUCAGAACUGGUUCGACAAUCUUCUAUACUACAACAUUUGUCUUAGGAGCCUUGAAAACUCCUAACAUCAGUAUGCCACUUAAGAAUGGAGAACACACGGUAUUCUUUAGUAAAAGGCGAAAGAAUAGUUCGCUUUGUGUUCACCACAUGGCUGCGUGAGUGUUCCAUGAAAGGUUGCUCCUCUAUUUAUAUCAAGAUUUACAGUACCAAACUUUCUCUCCUCUCCGAUGUGGGUGCUCUUAAGCGUCAUUACUAAUUUCCUCACUGAUAACAGCCCGUUAGUAAUCUCCUGACUGAUAAGGGCCCGUCACUAGUUUCCUUAUCGCUAACAGCCUAUUCACCACAUGUAUGGAGCUAAGAUUGGGUUACUGUAAUUUAAAGUAAUUAUCCAGAAUUGAUCAAAAGAAUAGCAUCCAAUAGUUGAGUAACGUGUAAGAAAAUGGCCAAAUAUCUUUACAGUAAACACUAAAGAUACUCAAAUGUAAUGUCAACCAAGAUCACUGAUUCAUAUUGGCAGUUUGGUCCCAACUUUCGAACUAUAGGAGCAGAGAGAAUAUAUGUUCAGCUAUGCCUUUUUGAUUUCUUAUAUAGGAGAAGUGUGGCUAUGCUUCUUUCUUUAGCAUUCUCCAUGUCAAUAUAUAGUUAUGGUCUCCUUUUUAUGAACAAGUCAUCUUGUUAUACAGUUGCAGUAUUUGUAUUCUGGAUGUAGUUAAUAAAAGUUAUGUCCCAACCAUACUAACUGCAUAUAAUUUAUAUAUUGUGGAACCACCACUUCGGCAUAAUAAUCGGGCUGGGCCAUGUUUACUUCAGCAUAAUAAUCGCACCACUGCAUGAACUAAAUAUAAAUAUUAUAUUUUAGAUGUAACCACCAUUUUUUCUCCGAUCUAUACUUAGAGGUUUCUGUCAUCUUCUAUUUGGUACCUAAUUAUAUGGUCAAUAUCAAAUUUAAAUUCUGAGUAUAUUUUAAUGUGUAUUUGAUAUUUUUUUUGAUAAUCCAGGUAAUUCAGGUAAUUCGGACACUCCGAAGAGGACCCAACUAGAGCUUAAGUACAGUUUCACCGAAGGCAUCCUGAAAGUAUUUUAAUGUGUAUUUGAUAUAAUUAUGGAAGUAUUAUUUAUAAAGAUAUAUUCUAAGGACUUUAAUUUAACAAGUUUAAAAAAAGUUAUUUGAUUAAAAAUAUUUAUUAAAUGUGAUUUUACUUAAAAUUAGUGAAAACCAUAUUAACCCAUUUACACACACACAUAUAACAUAAUAUAUUACAAAUUAUGUUUUUCAAGUACAUUUCAAAAAAUUUGUUUGGUUUUCUGUGCGGGUUAGAUUUAAUAUUAGUUUUCGGAUAUAAUAUUUUAAGAACCGCUCGAGUAUAUAGACCAGAUCUAAUAGAAUAAGACUGUAUGAGAUUUUGAUUUUAGGGUCGAUUUCGAGUUAAGUUUUUUAGGUAUGAAUAUUCUUGACCAAUUAUGUUAGGUAACUACUAAAAAAAUCUAAUAGGUUGCACACUUUAGGAAUACAGUUUAAAAAUAAUUUCUGGAAUACAUAUGGCAUAAGUGUAUAAUUAUGUAACUUGACAUAUUUAAUAUAGUUACCAAAAACUAAAUUAAAUUAAUAUUAAACACAAAUAUAAUUGGAAAAUUCUCACAAAUACCACAUUCAUAGUACCACUUUUCAUGUUUACACUAAACACUUUUAUCCUCACUUUUGAUGAAGGAUAAAAGAAACUUAUAUCCAUAGGGUUAACUAAUAUAGACUAAAAAUUUUUGAAAUGUGAAAUUUAUGAUUAUAAUAAAUAUAUAAAUAAAUACUUAAAAAAUAUAAUUGUUUUUAAAAAAUAGUUUCAAACAUAAUUUUUGAUUUUCAAAAAGAAUUUUUGAAAAAAAACUCGAAAAAUUUCAAUUUUUUUUUUAAAAAAAUAUCGAAUUUGAUAAAGUAUAAUUCGAAAACAAUUUUUUUAAUUUAAAUAAUGAUUUAUUAUAUAUAUAGAGAACAAGAAUAUAAGAGUCUUUUGCCACUUAAUGAAGAAUAUAUUUUUGAAAAUGUCUCUUUAGUGAUAACAAAGAUGAAAAACGAUAUCAUGUAAGUGGUAAAUAUGAAAUUCCCCCAAUAUAAUUACAAAAAAUAACACAAAUAUAAAAAUUAAAUUUCUCAAAAAAUAUAUAUAUAUAUACCCGCCCUUGUAGUAUUGUAUGUGUUUAAAAUGCUAUUCCAUCCGUUCUUAAAAGAUCCAUAUUUUAGAAUUUUCACACUUUUUAAUAAAACUUAUUAAAACUUAGCUAUGAAUGCAAAGUUUUUAGUAAUUUUAUAUUUCCUAGAUUUUUAAAUCAAUAAGAUUUUAAGAAAUGCAAUUAAUGUUCUUGAACUUCACAACUUCUCAUUAUUAGUUGACAAAAAUUACAUUGGAAAUUUAAAAUAUGUAUCUUUUUGAAACAAAAGUUUUCUCUAGAAUAUUGAUCUUUUAGUAACGGAGAGAGUACAUUAUAAAAUUUCGAGCAUUUUCAAAAGACUAUAUAUUUUAGAGUUUUCAAAAAUCUUUUUUUUUUAAGUUUCAAAGUGUUUUUCUCCAAAAGCAAAACUUCAAAUUUAACUUUGAAAUCAUUUGUACUUUACACUAUGGUUUUUAUAUUUGUCAUAAUUAAUAUAAAUCCAUAAAACUUUUAUAAAUAAUAAGCACGUAUAAGAAAAUACUAAAGUAAUGUUAAUUAAUAAAAUCUUACACUAAACUAUAAAAUUAUAAAUAAAAAUAUAUAACUAAAUAUUAAACUACAAGCAAAAUACCACAUUAUUUCAUAAAAUUAUUUAUGUAAUUCUUCAUCUUCGGUAACACAAAAUUUGUUUGGACAAUGUUUUAGAGAUUUUGGAGAUUCCGGAGCAAAUUUACUAGACUAUUAAAAUUCUUGCAAUGUAUAAAUUUGUGUAACAAUUAUAUCUUCAUGUAUCUUCUUAAAAUAUUUUUUUAUUAAGUUUCUUUUGUAAUAUUCUUGCUGUUUAAUUGUAGUUUUAAAAUAUUAAAAAUCUUAUUUAAUUUUUUUAUUUAACUUUAUGUGUAAAAUUUGUAUCCAGAAAACAAAUUUGAAAUAUUUAUGAUAUACACAAGUUUUAAGGAUUAAAAAAAUAAAUGAAAAAUACUUAAUAGUCAUAAAUCUGAUGUGUAAUUAAUUAUAAUGACCAAAAUGCAAAUAAAAAUAAAAAAAAACUUCAAAAGUACGAAACUUCACUUCUUAAAACUGUCAAUUUGAAGUUUUGAAGUUUUUUUUUGGAGAGUAAAAAACUCUACUUUUAAAGUUAUAAAGUUUUUUUUGGAGAUACUCUUAUACUGAUAAAAAUUCUUCAUAAACCUUAUGGUAUUUUGAAUUUUUUGCUUUUGCAUGGUAAUCUUAUAAAAUAAAACUCCAGAUGUGGUAUUUUUAAAAAAAUGCUCUUGUUCUAUGUAUAUGAUAGCCAUAUGUAUAUCGAAUACAAUAUUUGCUAUCCUUUUUCUGUUGUGUUGAUUCCAAGUUCCUUUUGUUUUGUAUUAUUGAUAUGUAUCACAAGUUGCAAAUUGCGAAGACAACAAUAGAGUCAGCCCUUUGUUAUUGAUGAAUCUUACAUCACUUUAGCGAAUCUAACUUGACCUUGAUCUGGUCCUUUAUAUACUUAUAUUCCCCAUCAUAUAUACAGUUUUAUUUUAUUUUGCGCUCAUCAGACUAUAGCAUUGAUCAGUAACAAUAGAUUGGUAUACAAUGUCACCCCCUAGUUCUUUUCAAACCUCCAUAUAAACAUCAUUUUUGUCGUUGCUUCUUCAGUGUUUUCUUGUUUAUAAACUAAACACGUUAAAUUUUUAUUUUGUUUUACAUCAAUGAUCCUACUUAUAUGUCAGUCUCUUAAGUCUUAACAAUGAUUUUCAGCUGAUACGUACUUAAGAAUUAUAUUGAAACAUGAGACGUUCAUGGUGUCUACGAACGUGAGAAAACACGUACUGCCUAAAUAUAGCGAAUGUAAGAUUUACUAUACCUGUUUUAGUAGUGACAAAAAACAGAAUAAACAACACACACAUAACAUUUAAAUUAUGAUUCUUAAAAGUACAAUCUCUUUUUUUAAACACAAAAAGUAUAAUCUCAUAUAUGCAAUAUUCUGUUCUGAUGGAACUAUACCGAACUAAACAUAACAAACUUCACAACGAGCAAAAGGUUAUUCUCUACAAUGUUCUAGAACGAAAAGUCAUUUGCAAAUACUUUGGAAAGCAUAUUGCAUAUUAUCUGCCUCGAAAAUAUUCAUUGACUUUAGUGUGUGGGCACGCAAUAUGUCCCUCACGGGAAUGAUUUCGAGGAUUCUACUUCAAUUGAUACGAUUACCACUUUUGGCAGCGUACGUCCCGCGUAACCUUUUGGAAAGUAUUCUCACUAUUUUAGAAAAAAAUCAUAACUAGACACAAAACUAGUCUAACUUAACAGAAAGAUAAUUAUAUUCCCUCUUCGAUGCCUGACUAGAUCGAAAAGGCCCAUCAAACAAGCAAUGUAUGAAGUCCACAAGCAGUUAGGCUAAGUUCGAAGUCAAAACGUACCUCGACAACCACACAUAGUAUGGGUUCAACAGUAUGACAGUAUCGCCUGCACGUUGGGAUCAUGCCCAACUGCAGCCUCUUCACGUGGGGAAAGUACAUCAGAGAGCUUAACCUCAUAGAAAAUGGCAUCAAACACAUUGAUAUUGAAUACAAACCACUUUCUAACCAGGUCAUAACUAAAUAAAAUAUUGACAUUCAACUCUAAAUUGUAAAUUUUUUUUUGUUAAUUGUUAAAAUAAAUUUAUCUUUAACUCCCAAAAUUAUAAAACGGAUCCUGUUUCGAAUCACACACUUUAAUAUUACGAGAUUUCCGAUCUACUACGUGUCUUUUUAUUCUCGAGUUAAAAUUUACUCCUAUAAACUAUAAAUUUCAACUUAUAUAAAAGACAGAUCACAGAUGUAGUCAAAGUUUUUUUUUUGGUAAAAAUGUAGUCAAAGUUUUCAACUAUAAAUAUGAAGACACGACUGUUAAUAAGAGUCGCAUAAAACAACUGUGAAAUCUUCACGUGUCUUCUCUUAUGUUUCAUCACAUGUUCUCUCCUUUCUUCGCCUCUCUCACAAAAUUUAAUCCUUUCUCUUUUUGGCAUUCCUAGGCCCCUUUCGUAAUCCAUCUUCCGAAAACAAACCCUUUAAAUUUUGCAUACAUACAUAUCCAUCUACACAACUUUAGCAUGGACAAGAAGAAGACUGUUGCUCCUCAAUCUUCCUCCUCCUCAUCUUCUUCGUCCUUUGACCAUAUAUUUGGUCCAAGAGUCUCUUCUCCGCCUUCUUCAUCAACCACUGGAUUGUUCAAUUCCAUCUUCCCACGACCCUCUGAGAGGAUGUUGGGAAGGCAAAUGGACUUUGCAAGCCGAGGUGGACAUGUGAAGUAUCAAUCUCCAAGUGAACGAGGAGAAAGAAGCAACAAAAAGGAUAAAAAGAGUUACCAUAAUGAGGAAACAGAACCACCAUGCAACUUGAGCUCAUCCAUUUACUAUGGAGGCCAAGAGAACUAUUCCUCUACAACGACUACCACCAAAGAUACUAUGCAGUACAAGAAAGAUGGAGAUGAAGGCGAUUCCAAAAGCGCAUCAAGAGGAAACUGGUGGGAAGGGUCGCUUUAUUACUAACAUGCACUGCAUGUCUUGCAAUCCUGAUUUCGAGCAACUGCUAAGGAUUAAGAGACGUCAUGGUCUAUCUUAAUAUGAAAUGUAAUAACAAGUAAAAAUCAUAUAGCAACUAUAUAUAACUCUGUUACAAAAAAAAACUAUAUAUAACUACAAAAUUAAAGAGUGUAGUAUAUAUAUUGUAAAAAGAAGAGUGACUUGUUCUUGACGUGUUGCUUUGUUUUGUUUACGGAAACCAAAGCAUUAGGACACGCCUCUUUCUGAUAUAUAUAAAUGGUUGUAAUAUUGUCUAUGUGAUGUGAUGCUUUAUGAAUAAUUGUAAUAGUACUUUAUAUUUAUAUGGUAAUGAAUAAUCAUAUUUUAUUACUA